GGGCUAUCAACCCAGCCCAAUAUCCGAACCCAAAAAUGAGAACAAGAACAGCUACAUACCAUGGCUAACGCCUUGGGCAAAGGAGCGCGACGAAGAAUUCAGAAGCUCUGUAAUCCCGACUUUCCCAACUUUCCCAUGAAUCUGAGUCAGCCAGCGGAGGAAAACCAUGCCAAUCCAGACAUGCUUCUUUCAUGUCCUCUUCAAGCUUGUAUGAACAAGAAGGAUUCUUGGCUAUUUUGGUCGACAUUAUACCUUUAUGCAAUUGCUUGGAUUUUCCUAGGAAUUUUCUCUCUGAUUAGGUUUCAGCUCGAUUAUAUCCUUGUUGUGGGAGUUUGUUUGAGCCUCAGCAUUGCUAACAUCAUAGGAUUCACCAAAUGCCAUAAAGAUGCAAAGAAGCUGAUUCAAGCAUUUGCCUCCCAGUCUCUGGCUUCCCAUUUUUCUUCUAGAAUACAAUCAGCACUUAGCGUUGCAUAGCUGCUAAAUCCAAAUCUUUGAUUCUGACAGCAUAACCAAUAUGCUAAGUAGUAACUGGUAUAACCCUUUUACCUUAUUUCCUCCGAUAUACUAACCAACAAAAAUAUACCAUUCUUUAACCCUUUUAAUGGUAAAUAUAAGUCCAUAAAGCUAAACAUCAGUUUACCUCUCCUUUUUCGUUUUGGUAAUUUCCUGUUUGUUGCUUUAAGCAUUCCUUGUAGCUGCUAAUUUCUGGACCAUAAUAUGAACCCCAAUAGAGAAAUAAGAUUCAUAAAUUAGAUUUAUUGUUUCUUUCUUUGUUUCACAAGUUUGAUUAGGGCAUUUUUUUUCAAUGAACGUUGUGUGUCAAAAGGCACAUGCAAUUAACAUUAUUAUCCUAC